ACGCGCAGCCACACACAGUGGUAAUUCCAGCAUAUUCGUCACAAGGCUUUCGAACUCGAAGGCUCAAGUCUACAACAUCUCACUGCUUCUCUUUCAUGCUUGUAGUCUUGGCGAGGUCUAUAGCACAACAGCAUUGUAGACGCCGGUUAAACGGCAGUAGUGGCUGGGUUCGACGAUUCCAGCGACUACUGAGCUUCGUUGGUGCGCACCAAUCGCAAUGGCAAUCUCGCCAAAGAGAUAGUGACAUAUAGGAAAAGAGUACAUGAUGUUUGCUUUAACAUGAUCAUGAAAGUGAUCGACAGAUCCUGACCGACCGAUCAAAGAUGUGGCUGUUGCUCCUGUUCACUAUGGCGUGGUCAAUGCUACCGACGACAGCCAAUGCGCGCCAGUGUCAUGGAAACCCCCUGUGUGUGUGUAACAACGACCUGUCAAAGGAUGUAAUAUGUGAUGGUGUACGUUUUGCCAGGAUUCCGUAUAACCUUGUGGAUAACUUUGUGACAACUACGCUGGUGAUCACGCACUCGAACAUUUCCGAAAUAUCUGACGACUUUUUCUAUCGCAGUAAACUCACAGCCCUCAGCAUUCGGGAUUCACACUUGAGCCGGAUCGGGGUAUGUGCAUUUUGUGGGACGAUCGAAUCAACCCUGGUUACAUUAGACCUAAGUGGCAAUUCACUAUACGAAUUCCCUACGAGGUCACUUGUGAAGCUGCAGAAUCUGAGAUGGUUCUCCGCUCGUGACAAUCGCAUCACGAAGUUGGAUUUUGAUGACGAUAGCGAGGAUAUUGGUUGGCCGUUAUACUUCAACUUAGUAACGCUCUUCCUAAGUGCUAACUAUAUCAGCCAGAUUCCACCGGGAACAUUUUCGAAAUUCAAACGCUUACAAACGCUCGAACUUAAUAACAACGGAAUCGCAACUCUGGAGAAGGGCACGUUUCCAUCGACGUUAGUAAGCUUACACCUCAAUGGGAACCUCUUGCUGAGUAUUCCUUACGAUGCCCUGGAUGGACUAAGAAGUCUUCAAUGGUUAUACCUACGAGAUAAUCGCAUCGCAAGACUGCCUCCAUCUCCACCACUGCCAUUCAAAUCGCUGAUUGAUUUGGAUUUAGGGGAGAACCUUAUACGUAGCAUAUCGGAACCCAUUGGAAACGGGGUUAAGAUUCACAAUCUAGAACUGGAUGGCAAUCACCUGCAUAAAGUAGAACCAAAUUUCUUUCAUUAUUUUGACGACGUAUCGCUUACGCUUAGAGGAAAUAUACUGACACAACUAGAUAAGGCCGUAUUCAAUCAGUACAAGCCGCGAAAGCUUGAUUUGAGCUUUAACAGCUUCAAAACGGUGCCAGUAGAAGCUCUAGAAGUCAGCGGGGUGAAAUCUCUUAACAUGACCCGCAAUGCGCUGACGUCAUUUGACGCGAGACUGUGCUCGCUGAGCAAAUUGUAUCUGUCGCAGAACCUACUAACAGUGAUACCAAAUCUGCCUUGCUCAACCACACUUAAAAUACUUGACGUUUCGAAAAAUCGUAUUCGUAUGGUUGCCGAGGGAUCAUUGCCCUUCGGUCAUUUGCAGGUUCUUAAUCUCGCGGACAACAGUAUCUCUUCUGUUCCAGUGAACGUUUUCAGUAAGCUCUCCAAUCUGCUCGAACUAAACUUGGCUCAUAACCGUCUUGUGAAGCUCCCAGCAGAGGUUAUCCGUCCCCUUAAAUCACUGGAAGUGCUCAAUCUGAUGCACAAUGCGCUGGAAGGAUAUUUCAACGCAAAUCAAUUUCUCUCAUUGAAACGACUUGACCUCCGGCUAAAUUAUAAACUCAAAGAUGAGAUCCCUAUAGGUGGAAAUAUCACUCACUUAGAUUACAGUUUCACAGGUAUUCAGAUUGAUCACCUUCUGCCUGUGGCCAGACGCCUAAGCCGAUUCUCGUAUCAGCUGCUGCCAAGCGAUACGCUCAGAUCUCGAUUCGCGCAAAACUUUCCAGACCUUCUUAGCAUUGAUCUCCGUUAUUCUUCGGUGUCAACGAUACAUACAAAUGCGUUUUAUCAUUUGGAAGCGCUGGAAGAGAUUCUGAUGAGUCAUUCCCGAAUCGAAACACUCUCCAAGCGCGCUUUCAACCGGUUGCCCGCACUGCAGCUGCUUGACAUGUCCCACAAUAGACUGAAAAAACUGAAUCUCAACUGGUUUUGUCAGAUGAGCGACUUCAACGUGGUACCCUCAACCUUGGAUCUGUCCUACAAUUAUAUUACUGCACUGAACGCUCAAGAUGAUCACCUCGAGUACGAAUGCCAAAAUUUCAUCACUAUAAUGAAGUUAUCGCAUAAUCGCAUUUCGACGAUUGAUUUUAAAGCGUUUUUAACAGUUAAAAGUACCCUGCUCGAACUGGACCUAAGUUACAAUGAGUUGGACGAUCAGCAGCUGAAGAAGUUCAUUGAUUUAAAGAAAAUCUCUAAACUUAAUAUUAGCUACAACCGAAUCCCUGUAUUACCACGAAGAGCUAUGAGCGGUCUAUUCCACCUUCAGGAACUAGAUCUGCGGUUCAACCAAAUUAAGCAAAUAACUCCUUCGGCACUUAGCAGUAUGCCUAAUUUACGUUUCUUGGAUCUUAGCGUCAACUUUAUUAACUUCAUUCCUCAAGAUGCCUUUAACGGUACAGGCAUUGAGGUGCUGAGGCUUGAUAUGAAUUAUCUGCCUGCCUUAACAAGUUCCGCGUUUCGUGCCAUCAGCGCUUCUUUGACAUCUCUAUCACUCUCGUACAAUGGCGAUAUGCACGCGUUGACCACCGGUGAAUUCAGCUACCUAACGGAACUGCUACAUCUCGAUAUCUCGAAUUGCGGUAUCAAAAGUGUAACCCCGGGAGCUUUCCGAGGACUUGGUCUUCUGAUUUCGCUCAAUAUAGCUAAUAAUUGGCUUAGCUAUCUCGAGGCCGAAACUCUACAAUUGUUGCCACUUCUACAGCACUUGGAUUUGCGGAACUGCUCACUGAAGACAAUGCCUUCUCUUCGUGUACCCGAGCUUCGUACUUUGUCACUCUCCGCCAAUAAACUGGACAUUCUCCGGGAUGAAGUUCUUACGACAGCGCGCAAAAUUCAGAGGCUGGACUUGUCCCUUAACCGAUUCUCAGAAAUUCCUCAAAAGCUCUGGAAAAGCCUUCCGGAACUAAGGACACUGAACUUAGCUUACAAUCCUGUGCAGGCCUUAAAAGAACAGAGCUUCGCUGAUCUUCCGCUUCUUGAGGAACUCGAUAUCACCGGCCUUUCAAGUCUAAAGGACUUCGAUAUCCGCGCGCUAGCGAAUAAUAUCCGACUGAGAAAAUUGGCCACGUCAACGUACACUGGCGUGGGAGCAUUUCGACUCGAGGCGGUAUUAUCGAAGAUGCCCUCUUUGCAUGAGCUACAUGUCUUCGUCGAAGUAAAUGCCUUAUCCUAUCAGAUACAGUGGGGAUUCGGCCAUAAACUGCGUGUGCUCAAAUUGCGAGGGCCGCUCUGGGAACAGAUGGCCAGUGACGCCCUACAGGGCCUAGAAGGACUUGAAUUAACAAACAAAAAGGAGUUGCACGUCAGCAUCACUGAAACAGCUCUACGAGAGCUGAAUAUUGGCAUCAUCCGGAAGCUUGCUCAACAGCCCAGGAGAAUCAACCUUGAUCUACGUGGAAAUCAGAUUAAGCAAUUUUUCGCUGAGAAUAAAGAUGACGCGUUAAACAUCACGGAAAUUUUUCCACGGGCUACCUUAGGCGCCCUUUAUCUAGACGUGUUAUCAGACUGUAACUGUCAGCAUGUUCGAUGGGUUACGUCAUGGCGUGCCCGAGCCCCGACGUUAGUGCCCACGUUUUGCCAGAGAUACUUAUCGUCUCCACCAUCGAUUGCCGACAUUGCGUGUUCGCCACUGGACGAUCCCACGGUUGACGAUAAGCAGUCGAAAGCCACACGGAACUCAGCAGCUCCACAAAUCACGCUACUUGACGCUACCUGGACUGGCGUCAUAUGUUUUUGUACAUACUUGUUGAAGCUGUUUUUCUAGCGGUAUUCGUUAAAUGUGAUCGAUAAACUAUGAUUCUUCAUUGUUCAUCUACAACUGAAUCUUACCAUAGAUAGAACGCGCUAGAAAGUACACCAAUUGUCCAAGAUAUUACUAUUAUAUCAAGAUAUAAGAAAAGUAUUUUAGACUAAAUCAAAACUCUUAAUGCUUCAGUGCAUCUUCAAUAAACCUCCUGCGUAACAAGCGUAAACACAUGUAGAAACAUGCUGGCAGUAGCUUUCAGGUUCCUGCUGGAACAAUCGAGUGCUAGUUUCAGAGUGGACUUCUUCACGAUGGCUCUAUCCCGCAUACGUUUGAGUGUUAUCGACUCUAUAUAUAUUUUUAGAGGAUUCUAUGUUCUGGGGUCGAUCGUCGAGUUAUCUACGCUAUGUACCGUAGCUAGGCAUAAUACUAUUCCCUUCGUUCGUGAUGAAAUGGUUUACUACCUGAACAAGCUUUGAGCUUGGACACCUCAUUUUUAACCUAAUACGAAGUAAAAUGCAAUAGUUUUCACUAGAUUGUCCGAGCUGCCUUACGAACGCCUCAUAUUGGACGGCAGUGGCUGACGUAUGCCCUGCUGCGCGGGGGAAAACCAAGCUCACCUUUAAGUGCGUCACAAUUUUAAGCUGCGUGAAACGUAUCACAAUGCAAUCUUGAGAGCGUACGUCGAAUGAUCGCCAGGGGGAUGUCAUCUUAGCGCUACGAUCAUCUGAAAAACAACCGCUUUAACCAGAAGCACUGUGUCAUGGCGAAGAUAUUUGAAUUAUAAUGGAGCUCGCUGAGAGACGAUGACGUUCAGGACACCGACAGCUACGCUACAACUUACUAUUCGAUCUGUGAGCCAGGCUGUCAAAUUUCAACUGCAGCAAAGAGUCGUGGGACAUGGACUAAAAUGCGACAUAAACAUCUCACUGCUCUGAUUAUUUCCUAUAAACCAAUCGGGCUGUUUUGAUAUAAUGGAGCGGGUAGCUGAUUAAGUCGAAUAUGAAAUUUGCUUAUUCUCUACGGGAUAACAGUGUACGUUAUAGUGUAAAACGCGUAGAUGUUUGCAUGUAUCUUCGCUGCUAGUAUCUUUCUGCUAGCAUAACUUUGUUAGUAACUCACGCGUAAAAUCCCGCCCAACAUCGUGGGAUUUUUCUAGGCGGUCCACUCGACGAUUAAUUCCCCGUACAUUCGUUCCCGCAUCUUCCAAAAACGGAACCGCAUUUACCUUAUGUACGCAACUGCGAUGAGGUAGUUACUUCGUAUCCAUCUACCAACAUCACCUCAGUGAUGGAGACAAGGAAAAAUGAAUGAAAAGAUGCAUUCUUUCAGCUAAUUUUUGCAUAGAGUUGUGUGAAAAUGGCUUAUUUUUGGCGAUGGGCUACGCAUUUUUCGUACUCAGCUAACUGAUUAACAGUAACACCGUUCAGGGAGCUCGCGUAUUUGGUUUAGCUGCAUAUUUUAAUAGUACUGUUGUUUACUAUAUACUUUCGACCCUUUUUGAUACAAAUCGACAAGGUAAUCGGUGCCAGUUAGUCGACGGACGUCAAUUGACUGCAAUUCCGUGAGAAAGGGAUUUUGGUAGGACAGCUUUUUAUGGUUUGCCACAGCCACAUUCUUAUUGUUCCUGACGGUAGGUUUUCAAGUUUCGAUGUCAGCUUCGACAGCGGGUCAUGGCCUUGUACAACACAUUGCGGAGCACAUAUUCAUGAACAUAAUGAAAUCUCGGCAAAGCUAUAUGACAAAAAAUUUCGAUGCUGAAAUUCAGUUUAGCGCCACAAGGCUUCAUUACUUAUCUACCUGUUAGGCUUGCUCGAGGCUAAACAAAGGCAUUAACGGAGGACGGACCUCUUGCCAAAUGGGGUCUUUGACCUGACUAGAAAGAAAAGAGUCAGAAAGAGAGGUGUCUAGGUUAUCAGUGACCCUUUCGGUUUGCCGAGCAAACUAUCUAUAAGUAGGAAUGACAAUAAUAUAACUCUGGUGAUUACGUUUUAGCGUUUACAGAUAGGCAUCUGUUAUGCAUAUGUAUUGGAUAAAUGUAGGACUGAAUCAGGACGCGCGGGUUGGUAAAUUUGGUCAAAUUCCUGAUCAGCUGUUUCUCCAGUAGCCUAGCGUCACCUAUAAGCAGAACGGGCGUCUUCUUCAUAGUUAAAUAAUAAUAAGAAUAAUUAUCACUGUUAGAUGAAUAGUCUUUAGAAAUCGAUGCAUACGAAACUCAUCUGACCUAUACAUAUAUAUGUGUAAUACUGUACAUGUAAUACAUAUAUUUUACUUUAGCGCAGAAAUUUUAUUGAAUACAGAAUCAAUCACAGUAAAACGAUGUUUGAGGUUUCCUCGUGUUACUAAUAUUGGCUUAUCAUUUGUUUGUCUUCGAAAAUUUUACUGAAACCUUUCCUCUGGGAGCAUAUUUAUGAAGACGUAUGCACAAUAAUUCUAUGGGCUGCACACUUCACACAACAUAAUAAAAACUAAAUGUAGCCUAUUGGUUAAUAAAUACAUCUGU